GUACAAACUCAAAGAUGGCAAGUUGGCAGUUCCUUGGACUUCUUCUUAUUGCGGCUACCGCCCACGCCAGGUCCACCCGUAUUAUCGGCGGAACCUCAGUCGGCAUCGAAACUCAUCCCUCGAUCGUCCAAGUAGAUUUCAACGUUGCUGGAUUCAUCUGGAACCAACAGUGCGCUGGCGCUGUCCUGAACAGUCUUUAUAUCCUAUCCGCUGCUCAUUGCUUCGCUGGACCGAACUACGCACCGGCCAACCGUCGUAUUCGUGCUGGUACCUCAACACGUAACGAAGGUGGAAUCACCGCUGAAGUCCAAGAAGAGUUCAAUCACCCAGCGUUCGGUGAAAACGGCAACGAUGCCGACAUCAGCGUCGUGCGCCUGGCCACUCCUCUUCUUUUGAGCAAUAACAUCCAGCAGGCUCCAAUAAUGGCCGCAGGAUUCGUUUUACCUGCGGGGUUAACUGUCACUUACGCCGGCUGGGGAGUGACCUCGGUCCUUACUGGUGAAAUUGCUACUGAACUACAAAGCGUGAACACCGUCGUGGUUGAUCGCGAACUUUGCCGUUUGCAAUACGCCACUCUUCCUUCAAACCCCGAAGUCACUGAAAACAUGUUAUGCGCUGGCAACAUCGGUGCUGGUGGUAUCGACGCCUGCAUCGGUGAUGGUGGUGGUCCCCUCUACUUCGACAACAUCGUAACUGGAGUCAUCUCCUGGGGUAACGGCUGCGGUGAGGCCGGCUUCCCUGGUGUCAGUACUCAGGUGUCUUCGUUCACCGAAUGGAUCAUCGCCACUGCUGUCUAAAUUGAUUUAUGUUUAAUACAAUAAACGAUUAAAGUUAUG